ACCCUACCUUGUACCGAAAAUCUGAAUGCUGUAAAAGGCGCACCCUGUUCGUUUCUUCCUCGUCUUUGAGUGGAAGUCUCCAACCCUAAUCCUUGCACUAAACCAACGACCCCUUUCUUCAAGCUCAAAUCACAAAGCACGAACCUUUGCACGAUUGUUUUCCGAUGGACUCUCAGGCAAAUGAUCUGUUCGACACUGCGUCUCAGCCAGACACAAGCAACGACGCUUACACCUUCGUUGAAUUCAACACCCAGGGCGAAGAGUACGACUACCCAGAGUUUCAAGAGCUUUCUCAGCCCAUUCGAUCUUCGGCAUGGCCCACUCCCUCUGAUUCUUUAGUUUCCGAAACGCCUGAUAGGCCUCCCUCCUCCGAUACAUCGCCUUCCAACAAGUCCCGGCAGGGUGGAGGUGGUGGGAAUGGGCCCUGCGGUAAAAGCAGUGGUAAUGGUGGAAAUCAGUCUGCAGCUUUCGAUGCCUUGGCCGCCGGGAUGAGCGGCCUGAAUUUUGAGGAGACUGGGGAUGAUGAUGGUUUUGAGUUCGGGAAAGGGGAUUUUUCCGUGGAGCAUGCUUGCCGGUACUGCGGUAUUUCAAACCCAGCUUGUGUUGUUAGGUGCAAUGUUCCCUCAUGUCGCAAGUGGUUCUGCAAUUCAAGGGGAAAUACUUCUGGUUCACAUAUUGUUAAUCACCUGGUACGAGCAAAACACAAAGAAGUGUGCCUUCAUAAAGAUAGCCCUCUUGGAGAAACUAUUCUCGAGUGCUAUAAUUGUGGAUGCCGAAAUGUCUUUCUUCUAGGAUUCAUCUCUGCCAAGACGGAGAGUGUUGUCGUUCUUCUUUGCAGGGAACCCUGUUUAAGUGUUAAUGCAUUGAAGGAUAUGAACUGGGACCUGAGCCAGUGGUGCCCUCUAAUUGAUGACAGAUGUUUCUUGCAGUGGCUUGUUAAGGUCCCUUCUGAGCAGGAACAGUUGAGGGCACGACAGAUCAGUGCUCAGCAAAUAAACAAGGUCGAGGAAUUGUGGAAGACUAACCCUGAUGCCACCCUUGAGGAUCUUGAGAAGCCUGGCGUGGAUGAUGAACCUCAGCCUGUUGCCUUGAAGUAUGAAGAUGCUUAUCAGUAUCAAAACAUCUUUGCGCCACUAAUCAAACUUGAGGCAGACUAUGAUAAGAUGAUGAAAGAGUCCCAAAGCAAAGACAAUUUGACUAUUCGGUGGGAUAUUGGUCUAAACAAGAAGCGCAUUGCAUACUUCGUUUUCCCGAAGGAAGAUAAUGAGUUGCGCCUUGUACCUGGUGAUGAGUUGCGUUUGCGUUAUUCAGGAGAUGCAGCUCAUCCAGCUUGGCAGUCAGUAGGGCAUGUGAUAAAAUUGACUGCACAAGAGGAGGUUGCACUCGAACUUCGUGCUAGUCAGGGUGUCCCUGUCGAUGUGAACCAUGGAUUUAGUGUUGAUUUUGUCUGGAAGAGUACAAGCUUUGACCGGAUGCAAAGCGCAAUGAAAAGUUUUGCAGUCGAUGAGACAAGUGUCAGUGGGUACAUUUAUCACCACUUGUUAGGUCAUGAAGUUGAGAUGCAGCUUGUUCGUAACACUCUGCCUCGUCGCUUUGGUGCUCCUGGCCUCCCUGAGCUCAACGCUUCUCAAGUUUUUGCUGUAAAAAGUGUACUUCAAAAGCCUAUAAGUCUGAUUCAAGGUCCUCCUGGUACUGGGAAAACUGUCACUUCUGCUGCCAUUGUGUACCAUAUGGCCAAACAGGGCCAGGGCCAGGUUUUAGUCUGUGCCCCCAGUAAUGUUGCCGUGGACCAACUUGCUGAGAAAAUAAGUGCAACUGGACUUAAGGUUGUAAGGCUGUGCGCGAAGUCUAGGGAAGCUGUUAGCUCUCCCGUUGAGCAUUUGACACUUCAUUAUCAGGUUCGCCAUCUUGAUACAUCAGAGAAAAGUGAGCUUCACAAGUUGCAACAACUGAAAGAUGAACAAGGAGAACUAUCCAGCAGCGAUGAAAAGAAAUAUAAAGCUUUGAAACGGGCAACAGAGAGAGAGAUAACUCAGAGUGCUGAUGUCAUUUGUUGCACCUGUGUUGGUGCUGGAGAUCCCAGAUUAGCACAUUUUAGAUUCCGCCAGGUACUAAUUGAUGAAUCCACACAAGCAACUGAGCCUGAAUGCCUCAUUCCCUUGGUUCUGGGGACAAAGCAGGUGGUUCUUGUAGGUGACCAUUGCCAACUUGGUCCUGUUAUUAUGUGCAAGAAAGCUGCUAGAGCUGGGCUUGCUCAAUCACUCUUUGAGCGCCUUGUGAUACUUGGGGUCAAGCCAAUCCGGCUGCAGGUGCAAUAUCGAAUGCACCCUGCACUUUCAGAGUUCCCAUCAAACAACUUCUAUGAAGGUACUCUUCAGAAUGGAGUAACCAUCAACGAAAGGCAAUCAUCAGGCAUUGAUUUUCCUUGGCCUGUUCCAAACCGUCCUAUGCUCUUUUACGUUCAGAUGGGGCAAGAGGAAAUCAGUGCUAGCGGUACUUCCUAUUUAAAUAGAACUGAGGCUGCAAAUGUUGAAAAAAUUGUCACUACAUUUUUAAAGAGUGGUGUGGUUCCUAGUCAGAUUGGAGUGAUAACACCAUAUGAGGGUCAGCGAGCGUACAUUGUCAAUUAUAUGUCAAGAAACGGUUCAUUGAGGCAACAACUAUAUAAGGAAAUUGAGGUUGCAAGUGUAGAUUCUUUCCAAGGAAGGGAGAAAGAUUAUAUAAUUCUUUCUUGUGUCAGAAGUAAUGAGCAUCAGGGAAUUGGAUUUCUUAAUGAUCCCCGCAGGCUCAAUGUUGCCCUUACUCGUGCUCGUUAUGGUAUUGUCAUUUUGGGAAACCCUAAAGUCUUGAGUAAGCAGCCUUUAUGGAAUGGCUUGCUGACACACUUCAAGGAGCACGAGUGCUUAGUGGAAGGUCCUCUCAACAACUUAAAGCAGAGCAUGGUUCAAUUUCAAAAACCUCGAAAGUUCUACAAUGAACGUAGACUUUUCUUGGGCGGGGGCCCUGGGAUUCCUGGUGAUGCUUUUGGAUCAGCUGCUUUGCCAAAUCCAAAUUCUGACAGGAGAAACAGUCGUUUUAGAGGCUAUAUGGCAGCUGUUCCGCCCAAUGCGAAUCAUAAACCUGGUGUUCAUCCUCCUUACCCAAUGCCCAGAGCUCCACUACCUCCUUUCCAUGGGGGUGCACCGCAGCCAUAUGCUAUACCUACACGUGGCGCUGUUCAUGGUCCAGUUGGAACACUUCCUCAAGUUCCACAACCUGGUAGCCGGGGUUUUGGUUCAGGCCGUGGGAGUGCAAGUGCUCCAAUUGGUAGUCAUCUAGCUCACCAACAAGUCUCCCAGCAACCAAUUGGAAGUCUUGGCACCAAUUUUAACUAUCCAGCAAUGGACAAUUCCAACAACCAACCAUCUAUGGGAGGACCCUUAUCACAGCCUGGAUAUGUUUCUAGUGGACCAAACCAGAUUUUUCGGGAUGGAUUCUCUAUGGGAGGCAUGUCACAGGACUUUUUGGGUGAUGAUUUCAAGAGCCAGGGAUCACAUGUUCCUUAUAAUAAUGUCACCGAAUUUUCAACACAGGCUUCACAAAGUGGAUAUGGAGUUGAUUAUGUUACCCAGGGUGCACAGGGUGGAUUCCCAGGAAGCUUCAUGAAUCCCAAUUCUCAAACGGGAUAUUCACACUUCGGUUCUGGAAAUGAAUUUAUGUCUCAGGAAUACAUUGCUCAUGGCACCCAAGAUCUGUUUACACAAGCUGGAUAUAAUGAUCUUUCACGAGAUGAUGCUUCCUCACAUAACCACUUCGGCAUGUCCAAUCCCAGCACACUUCAGUCUCAGGGUUUAAUGAAUCCCCUCUACUCCCAUCCAUUUGGGCACUAUAACACACAACCCAUGACAGUAGAAAAUUCCCAACCUCAACAGCAGCAAGCUCCUCAAGGCCAGGUCUCACAAAACCAGAAGCUUCAUUAAAGCAGUUGAGGGUGACAUUAUUUCUCUCCGUGAAGGGGUUAUACUUUUCGCAUCCAGCUACUCAUUUUGUGCUUGUCAUGCGGUCGUGCCUAGUAUGCAAUAAAGAGGGUAUUGCCAAUAAAUUGAGUUUGGUCGAGAACAGCUCUUCAAACAUGAUGAUUGUACGUAGAUCAUCAGUUGAGAGAUUUACAAGAUGGAAAAUGAUGGGAUGAUCGAUGGCAGCAGAAGAGGAACUGUGACAGAGGAAGAUAAUACCCCUUCAUCAACAAUAUUGGGGAGUUCUAUUUUAGUGAAAGAGAUGUUAAAGUGGCGGUGCAGUCUUGGAGAGAGUAUUUACAUAAGCGGAGGAAUUGCUGGAAAGAUGGCAGCUGUUUGGAAGCAGAGUUGGUGUCUAUACAACCUUAUUUAUACGAGGAAUUCCUUAGAACAGGACCUCUGUUCCUCCCACUCUGUAUGUAUUUGUACAGCAUGCCGGGAUAAUAAGUUUUGCAGCUCCUUCGACAUGUAAUUACACUCUUCUACCUAUAUAAGCAAUAGAUGAUGACGAUUCUAUUUAAGGCGUUAGCCAACAGCCUAACGUACUUUAUUAAGGCACUGUUCUAAAAAACAUCUAGCUAGAGAACUUUUUUUAGCCUUGGUUAAGUUGGUUUAAAAAAGCUAGACUUUCAAACUAAGUACUUCUAUUUAAUUUAAGCACUUAAGAGCUAAUACUCUAAUAGCAAAGAUAUGCGUU